UUGAUCAGAAAAUGAUUGUACGCUUCAACUCUGCCAGGAGACGUUGGAUUUUAAUAGUUGCCCGAUUCUUUUACUGAAUGAAAGGAACUCCUAAUCCUGAAAUACCAAACCAAGAUGAAACCUUUUAGUUGUAGACCAUUUGUGAAAUGAGUGACUCUGAUGAUGACGAUAUCCCUCGGCUAUCUUCCCACACAUUAGCAGCCCUCCAGGAAUUUUAUGCUGAGCAGAAGCAACAAAGUGACCCUGGCAGGGAUGAUAAAUAUAACAUUGGAAUAAUAGAAGAGAACUGGCAGCUGAGCCAGUUUUGGUACAGUCAGGAAACUGCCUUGCACCUUGCGAAGGAAGCCAUCGCAGCUGCUGGAGAGCAUGGCAGAAUAGCCUGUGUGAGCACCCCCAGUGUUUACCAGAAACUGAGAGCCCUACACAGAGAAGACUUCUCUGUAUACAUCUUUGAAUAUGACAAAAGAUUUGCCAUAUACGGAGAGGAGUUUAUCUUCUAUGAUUAUAAUAAUCCAUUGGAUUUACCAGAAAAAAUUGCUGCACGUAGUUUUGACAUCGUAAUAGCAGAUCCUCCCUACCUUUCCAAGGAGUGUCUCCGAAAAACGUCAGAAACCAUCAAGUAUCUGACUCAGGGCAAGAUUCUGCUGUGCACAGGUGCCGUCAUGGAAGAAGAGGCAGCAAAACUUCUUGGCGUGAAGAUGUGCAAAUUUAUUCCAAAACACACCCGAACCUUGGGAAAUGAGUUUCGCUGUUAUGUGAAUUAUGAUUCUGGGCUAGACCGGGAAAUCUAAAUGUAGUAAUGCAACAGGGUAAAGGAUCCUGUGGGACAUUUCUCUUAUUAUUUCCUUGGUAGAUUGAAAAGUGGUAACCUCCUCUCCUCUCCUCCCCUGCAAAGUGAGGCUAUCUCUGGCCUAAUUUGCAAAAUAAAGAAUCCAACAUCUCAUGAUGAUUUCCUCAUUGCAGGCAUCUCCAGAGCUCUAGGUGCUUUUGCCAACUUGAACCCAUGGAAUUAGAGUGGGAAGAAGUCUUUGAACCCAUCUAAAAUCUUUUCUCCUCACCUAAGAAUAGGUAAAAAAAAAAAAAAACACUGAAGUACAGGGAC